UCCACUUCAUGCUGAUCUUGUAUUCCCUAGAGGAGCAAGAUUUAACUUAUCUUCUAGUUUUAUCUUUCCAUGGGAUUAUAGAAGGAUCCUACAGAAGCAGAAAUACCUAUGAAGACUAUCUUUGGGUUCAACAUUUGGUGUUUAUACCUCUUAAGUGAAGUCAUCCAGCUAACAAGAUAAUCUAGUAAAGUAUCCUGAAACGUUGAGAAUUUCUUGUUUGAAGAGCUCAGGGACUGAAACACUCCAGAAAAUGAUUCUACUGAAUAAUUCCCAGAAGCUGCUGACCCUAUACAAAUCCUUGGCCAGAAAUAUCCCUGAGUCCCUAAAGGUGUAUGGUUCUGUGUAUUACAUCAAUCACGGAAACCCCUUCAACAUGCAGGUGCUGGUGGACUCCUGGCCUGAGUACCAGACGGUUAUUGUCCGGCCUCAGAAACAGGAGAUGACCGACAACAUGGAUCUAUACAGAAACGUGUAUCGUAUAUUCACCAAGGUUCCUCAAAAAGUACCAGAAGUCUUGGAAAAUUGUGAAGUCAUAAACUGGGGACAGAUAUUUCAAAUUCAAGGUUGUCAAGAAAGUCUGGGUGAGGGGAUAAGAGCAGUUGCAUUUUCAAAGUCGGUGAGGGUGAAGUACGUGAAGGCAUCCCUCUAUAUAAAUGAAGAUAUCCUGAAGCUCAAAGUCUCUGAUGAGAGCAAGGCUGGAAGCUCCUAUGAGGCAGGCCUCCGAGAGGUUGAACAUGAGAGUGGUGAUCCCAAUUUUAAGUUUUCCCGACUGGAUGUCUCUCACGCAGGGCUGAUAAAUGCCAUCUGGAGGCCAGGUCGGAAUGAAAGGAGCCUACGAUAUGUCCAGGAGUGCCUACAGAAGCUGCCAGCGUACUGUCUGCUGGGCCCAGACGGGGUCCUGGUCUCCUGGGUGGGCAUGGAGUCCUCUUGUGAAGCAGGAAUGGCCUACACUGUAGAAAGAUAUCGAAGAAAAGGCAAAAUGACACAGCUGAUGUGGUCUUAUAUGAAGUAUCUGCAUCAGAAGAAUAUUCCAUUUUAUGUUGCUAUACUGGAAGGGAAUGAAAAAGCCCACAGAUGUAUAAUGCAGUGUGAUUUCUUUGCAGCUGCAUGUGGGUGGCAUCAGUGGAUCUGCUACCCACCAAAAAUUAACUCCAUUUGUUAAAACAACGAAGCUGUUUAGCCAUCUCAGGCAAGCCUCUCUUUUUUUUUUUUUUCUUUUUUUUUUUUUUUUAUUGUUGGGGAUUCAUUGAGGGUACAAUAAGCCAGGUUACACUGAUUGCAAUUGUAAGGCAAAGUCCCUCUUGCAAUCAUGUCUUGCCCCCAUAAAGUGUGACACACACCAAGGCCCCACCCACCUCCCUCCUUCCCUCUUUCUGUUUCCCCCCCAUAACCAUAAUUGUCAUUAAUUGUCCUCAUAUCAAAAUUGAGUACAUAGGAUUCAUGCUUCUCCAUUCUUGUGAUGCUUUACUAAGAAUAAUGUCUUCCAUGUCCAUCCAGGUUAAUACGAAGGAU